GGUAUCGAGUACCUAUAAUCAAAACAACGACCAUGUUCUAAAAAUCAAUGGAUUUUCAUACUAAAAAACAACAGAAAUGAAGUUAAUCAAUAACACAAAAUAAUAAAAAACGCACUUAUUGCGCAUGCAAUUAAUUCUUAUUUAUGAAAAUAAGGUUCUGAACUUACGUUCUCCAUUCGUCAGAGGCAAGGCAUCCCUCCCGCCAAUAAAGCCUCGACUAACUUAAGAAAUAACAUAAAAUAAUUAAUAUGGUGUUUGUUCUGAUAUUCUGGGUGCUGAUAUGGCUGCUGGGUAUUGCCGCAACUAUUUUCUUUUGCCUACGUCAAUGGAUUCAACGCUACAAAAAAAAGUUGCACUGCCCUGAGUCGGAAAAUAGAUUGCAUGUUGGCAUAUUUCAUCCAUACUGUAACGCCGGCGGCGGAGGGGAGCGCGUUUUGUGGUGUGCAGUGAGGGCCUUGCAGAACAAGUACGAUAACAUCAAGAUAGUUAUUUACACAGGAGAUAUUGACGCAACGCCCAGUUCAAUUCUGCAGAAAGCAAAAAAUGUAUUUAACAUCGCACUCGAAGUCGAACACAUAUCAUUUGUAUACUUAAAGCAACGGCAUUGGAUUGAGGCGGGAAAGUAUCCACACUUUACUUUGCUGGGACAAAGUUUGGGUUCAAUUGCUUUAGGCCUAGAGGCUGUCUGCAAAUUUCCACCAGAUAUCUUUAUUGAUACCAUGGGAUAUGCGUACACGUACCCCGUCUUUCGUUACCUGGCGGGCAGCAGAAUAGCCUGCUAUGUUCAUUAUCCCCUGAUAAGCACAGACAUGCUUAAGAAGGUUCAAUAUCGCCAAUCAUCUUUCAACAACAAGGCAUAUGUUGCGCGUAAUCCCUUUUUAACGUGGAUAAAGCUUAACUAUUACCGCCUGCUUUCAAAGACAUACAAGUGGGUUAGUUGCUGUUCAGAAACCAUUUUGGUGAAUUCAACAUGGACUGAGAAUCAUAUCGUAGAUUUGCUGAAUGUUCCAUUAAAAACUCAUCGUGUGUAUCCGCCAUGUGACAUAGAACAUCUUAAGAGUCUUGAGCACAUAGAAAACAAUGAAGAAAUUCUAAUCGUCUCUGUAGGGCAGUUUCGCCCCGAAAAAAAUCAUCCUUUACAAUUGCAAGUUCUGUAUGAGUUGAGGACGCUGCUGGCCAGAGAUGAAGCACUGUGGAAUCGAAUUAAACUUGUUAUAGUGGGAUCAUGCCGACAUGAAGAUGAUUAUGAGAGACUGCAUAACAUGGAGGAUCUCGCAAAACAUUUGUCUCUGGAGAAUUCAGUUGAGUUCAAGGUUAAUGUUAAAUAUGACGAGCUCCUAAACAUUUACAAACGUGCCAAAAUUGGCAUACACACUAUGUAUAAUGAGCACUUUGGCAUUGGAAUCGUUGAAUGUAUGGCAGCCGGUGUAAUAAUGAUUGCUCAUAGGUCUGGUGGCCCUUUGCUUGAUAUUAUUGAGACUUCUGAAGGCUGUCAAAAUGGGUAUCUUGCAACGGAAGCGGUUGAAUAUGCAGCUAGCAUAUUGAAUAUAAUACUUAACUCUGCAGAGACAAAUCAAAAUAUUGUUUAUGCGGCGAGGUCCUCUGUUGAGAGAUUCUCUGAAAAGGAAUUCGACGACCAGUUUCUACGGGCGAUUUCGCCAGUUUUUGUAUAAGUUACUGAAUAACCGAUAUGCUGACCGAGAAUAAAAAAAGUAUACUUCAUUGGAAA